AGAAGAAUCUAGGAAAAUAAAAAACCGUCAGAGAAAAGCUGCUAAACACAAUGAUGAUCUAUUUAGAAAAUCAGAAAAUGAGAAAUUGAAAAAACGUAUGAAAAAUCUUCGUCAAAAUAAUGAUUAUGUUCGAGCAUCUAAUUCAAUGCAAAAUGAUCAUUGA